AUAUUUAUUUUGUCCUCAGCAACCUGAGUGUAUCAAGAUGGCGACCUAAACAGCUCUAGACAUGACCUGAGAGUUUAUUUGACAUCUGUUCGAUAGUUAGAUUCUAGAUUGCCUCUAGAGUUUCUACGGUUUUUAUCUAGAAUAAAUAGAUCUAGAAUAAUUCUAGAUCUGUAAGAAUGUCAAUGAUAGCUAAAAAUAGAAUACAUAGCACAUGGACUCCUCUGAGCAAUGAAGAGACAAAUAAUAAGAUAUUUGAAGAAAGAAAAAACCUUGUUGGAAAAUGGUUUGAAAAGUGGAAUGAUGUUCAGAGGAGGAGACUCUUUGAAGAACUUGUCAGCGUUAGUAAACCAAAGCAGUUAGAGUAUGCCAGAGAACUUAUCGACAACAGGGUGCCUUGCAAAAAAGAUGACUUCACCAGAUCACUGCCUCGAGUCAUCACAUUAUAUAUUUUUUCCUUUCUUGAUGCCCGAAGCCUGUGCCAGUGUGCCCAGGUGUGCUGGUACUGGAGAUAUUUAAGUGAACUGGAUCAGCUUUGGAUGUCUAAGUGUUUACAUUUUGGUUGGUACUUAUCCUUUGUUCCAAGCCCAUAUGAAAAUGGAGUCUGGAAGAGAAAUUUUAUUGAGCAGUUUAAAAUUGUUCGUGCUCUUAUUCCUAAAAGCCCACCGUUAAGCAGUAUGAGUAAACUAAAGCUUGAUGACAAACGUAGUGACAAGUCCAGUAAGGCUGGUAAAAAGACCCCGGGAGCAACACCAUGGAGAGGUUCAGACCCAGUGCCCAAAGAUACUUGGAGGUUUAACUACCUAAACAAUGAUGAGGUUUUAGAUCAAGUGACUAAGUUUCGCCAGAGGAAAGCCUAUGGCAGUGCUACAGAUGAAAUAGUGAAGAAUGCCAAAAGCAAAGUGAAGACAGGCAGCAAUACAUUGAACACAUUAAGUAGAUCCCAGAGCUUAACACGCAUCAGUAGUGGAGGUGAUACAGAGAGACCUAAGUGGGCCAGGCAAGGCACCCAGUCUGCUACAAGCUUUCUACACAAAAACAAAAUGAAAGAGAACGGAGUCUUGGCCAAAAUUACCAGGCCCGGUCCAGUCAGCCCACCUCCAAGGCAAGUUGUAUCAAGGCCUGUGACUUCAAGAACUCCAAGAGACCCACCAAGCACUGAUUUGUUUCCAGAAACUCCAUGGAAAGUUCCAGAUAAAAUAGACUCAGAUGAAGAUCACUGACCUUCAGAGAAUUUGUUCAUUCCAUAAUAAUUUAAGGGAAUUUUGUUUAGGCUACCCUAUGUAAAUAAUUUGUAUGUAUUACUAUGAAAAUAAGUUCUUUAAGAACUAAUCUGUAGUCAUGUAAAUUGUCAACAGGGUUUUAUGUUUCAAAUACUAUAGAUGUAAAUGUUAUCAUGUUCAUGUCAAGUAUUUCAAAGCCUUUCUGUAUUGUCUCCAAAUUCUUAACUGGAAAUACGCAUACUCAAUGCAUUCUUGGUUUUGAUAUUUGCUUUUUAUGCAGUGGGUUGGGAAGGAGAUAUCAAAGUAAAGUUUCAUGUUCUUCUCUCACAUAUGUUAUGGAAAAUAUUCCAUUUGUUAAUAAGCAUUCAAAAACCAGAAAAAUGACUUGUUUUAUUCAGUCAUAAACGUAAAUAUAAAUGGAUAGUUAAGUGCGGAAACAAUGGCAAAUGCAUACAUAUGACAUAUAUAUAGGCAGCACUAGGGACCAAAUUGAUAAUGAGAGAAGAUAGUGAAUUAAAUAUAAUGAAAAUAAGGUACUUCCUCGACCACUGCACGAACCAGUGAUCCCCGAUACAGCAACUCCGCCUAGCAGUAAUGCAGUACUAAGCAAGCUAACCUUUAGACCAUAGAGAUGUCCUAAUAAAAAACAUCUAUCUGAUCCAAGGCAUCUUCCAUGCAUGCAAUUACCACCACAGUUGUCUCUGUUUUAGGAUUAUAGUACCAGGGAUUGAUUUCUUUGUUCAUCUUUUUAUUUUUUCACACAUUUUUUUCUUGUUAGUGCAUUUGUAUUUCUGAUAUGGAUGUUUAGUUUUUUCAUUUAUUGAAUGUCACUGAAGAUGUUUCAAGGAGAAAUCACAAUCUUCUUUGUUAUUAUACUCUUCAUCUACACCAAUUCAUUCAGUCAUUCCAAACUUUGUGAUGUCAUUUUAAAAUCUAAUCAUUUGGCUGUGGUGUGCUGUAGGCUGACACACUAAAAAGUUCUUUCUCUGUAUAAAUAUAUCCUACUUUAAUACAUUGUUGCCUUGUUUUUUUAAUUGACAGGAUGCGUCUUACAGGUGGGUUUCUGUAUGUGGGAUACAUGAUCUAUAAUCAACCUAUUAGCUAUUGACAUUAUGAUCCAGUAGUGAUGUUUACCAGUCCUCCUUAGACUAACUUAUGAACAAUUCCAGUAAAUAUUUAUAAUUACUUAAUUUUAUUGUACAAUAUUGUUUUUAUCAUAUAUCAUUUUAUAACAUUUAUUUUGAACCGUCCUAAUACAUUUAUUUUGCAGGAAGUUGUUCUUUUUUUUAUUGCCUGCACUCAAUAUAAACAUAUCAAAUAUGUAUAACAAUGCAGAAGUAUUUUUAUCUGAAUACAAUUUUUUGUUAUCAUCAAAGAAGUUUUAUUUACAUUUUUUUUUCUUAAAUAACUAAUGAACAACUAAACAAUGAAUAUUUCCAUUUCAAUGUAAUAUGUCUAGCAGAUGAAAAAAAAAGUGAAAAAUGGAAUUAAUGAAAUUCAUUGAAAAUGUCAAAAUUUUGCUAACAAAAAUACAUUUAUUAUAGAUUGUAAUUUAUGUAUACAAUGCAAAUAGUAAAGAAUAUAUGUGAGUGAAAUAAAUGUCAUACUGGAAAUAUUAUUUAUUUAAUAAUGAAACAUUUUCAUACAAAGAACAAAUAUAUAUAUAUUUAUAAUAAAUAUUUUGGUAAAAUUUUGACUGAGACAAGUUCUUGCUAUCAGUUGUGAAAUUUGCAAAAACAUUAACUAAGAUAAUUGUAAGAUAUUGAGAUAUUGUAUAACUGAUCCAACCACCUACACAAAUAUAAAUAAAUCCUUGCAUUUGUGCUCAACAAUCUAAUGACUAUGACCAUUUCAUACAUAACCUAUACAAGAGUUAUAUACAAAUGUUUACAAUAAUGGCAACACAUAGAGUGUGAAAAAGUGUCUUAGUUUCUAUUUAAGGAAUGUGGACACUUUUCACUGAAUGAUAGUCUGUGCUGAACACACUAGGUGAUGACUAGUUAAAUGACUUUUUUUGAUAAGGCAUUAUUUUUGUUUCAAAUACCAUCAUCACCUCCCAUAUACACAAGGAAGUAUAUAAAUUAAAUUGAAGCCAAUCAAAAAUAGAAAGGAAAAGAGGAGCCAAGAUUUGGAUGCAGAUGCCAAGCAGAAGAGAAAGACCUUGGAACAGUUGGAGAGACUAGCCCAGAACCGAGAUACCUGGAGGAUGCCCUAGGCCUCAGAUGGGUCCACAGCUCAAGAUGAGAUGGUGAGGUGAAUCAAAAAUCUAACCAGAUACAAAUCUUGGUCUUGGAAUUGUCUUUUAAAAUUCACUGAAGUUGGAAGGAAGGUAGAAGACAGCCAUACUACAAGGAAGGGAACAAAUCUGCAACAUAUUUGUGAAGCAAUAUUUUCAGAAGAAGCUUGCAUUUCUCCUAUUGGUUUUAAAUUUAGGUAAAUAAUACUGAAUUAGGAUAUAAAUAAGAUAAAAUAAUAAAUUAUGCUAGCAAUCUUAUCUUAUAAAUUAGAGACAUUCCUUUAAACAAAAUAAUUAUCAAUACUGGUUUGUAAAAUGAACAGAUAAAAAAAAUAUUUAUAGUUCAUAAAAUUUAUUUUUCAAACAUUAAGCAGAGUAUAAAUGUGAAGUGUCUACUUUCUCUCCAUUUUAAAUCAAAAUAACUUAAUAAUAAGAACACAUAUUUUGAUAAACUUCCUUAAGUAGUUACUUAGUAAUGAUGAAUUUGAAAGAAUUUAAGAGUUCUUUACAAAAAAAACAAACAACAGAAAUUUUAACAUUAAAUAACAACUUAAACAUUUUACAAAAGAAUACCUGGAAUUUUUGUAUACCUUUAUAUUCUGAAAUUUAUUGUAUAAACAUUUACAAUACCAAAAUUGACAAGGAAAUUUAUAAGAGUACUAUUUAUCAAUUUUGUAUAGGGGAUUUUCACACUGAAAGUUACUAACCCUUAACUGAUUUGUAAGAUCUAGUUUAUGUUAUUUAAGUCAUACAAUUAUGAAAGAGAAACAAAGAAGAGAAAGCAAUAUGAAAAAGUUGGAACCUACAGAAAAAUACAAGAACAUUAAAAGAGGAAGAUUGGGUGAGAUUUUGAAAUAAAAGGCAAACUAAACAAUGUCAAGGACACCAGAUUGAAAGCGCAUUGCUUUCAACUAAAUAAAAAUGUUUUGCUUUCAACUAAAUAAAAAUGUUUUGCGCAACAAAAGAUUGAGCUUAGAAAUUUGAUUCUACAGUGUUGACAGUGCACACAAUUUAUUUUAGGAUUUAUUAAAACACUUAGUUUACCAAUACUUCUGUGUUCCAGACACAACAAAAAGCUUCCAGGUUAAUAGAUUCACCUCUAUUUAUGACAAUUUCCAAUUUCUUUUAAAGCAAGAAAUUAAUAAAAUCAUGAGACAUAUUUCAUAUAUUUUCAUCAAAGUCAAUAAAUAAUUAGUUCAAAUUAUUCUAAGUUUAAAUAUUGACAGUUAAGAAACUUUUUCCAUCUAAAGUAUUAAGGAGCCUUAAUUUUGGAAAAGUCGGUUUAAUGUUGGUGCUCACUCGUAACCCUGAUUAUCACAAUAUUUAGUGAUAUAUUAAGAUAAAUUCACUUGACUUUCAACUUCUGCCACACGUGUCAUCCUUCAUUCCUAUUUGCUGCUUAUGUACUCGUUUGGUGGCCACCUUCAAAGGUCUCCAUAAACUUAUCUGCUUGGACAAAGCGGACUAUCUCUUGCAUAGCAUUUACUGGCAACAUACUUUAAAGAGAAAAAACAUAAAACAUAAAUUAAUAAGUGACAAAACAAUCUUCACACUUGUAAAUCACAAAACAAUCACACAGUAAUAGGGGCAUCAGGAUUAAAACCUAAAAAUUUUGUUUAAAGCAAAUAAUCUUUCAUUCCGAGAUGCGGUGGCUAAAUGGUAAAGCGCUUGGCUUCUGAACCGGGGUCUGGGGUUCGAAUCCUGGUGAAGACUGGGAUUUAUUUCGGGAUCUUUGGGUGCCUCUGAGUCCAUCCAGCUCUAAUGGGUACUGUCAUGGAGAGGUAUGGCGAGAAUGUUACUUUAAUAUUUUAGUAUGAUUGUUAUAUAAACUUGUUGUGAAUGCGAAGUGUUGCACUUGUUAUGGACUGAAUGAUUUAGGCUUCGUUGAAAGUGCGAGAGAGUGUGUUAAGUCAGUAAGGUCUUGCUCCCGGUCCAGGAAGGUUGGAUGGUCGCUUCCUGGACUGGUGUUUGUUUAUUAAUAUUUAUUGUGCAUUAUUUGAGCUAUAUUGGAUAUUAAAAUAUCAUUGUUAUAUUCUAUGA